AUGGCUCCCCCUAAACCACCCAACCCUUCUUCUAAAGAUAUCAUAGAAGAAGUCAUUCAAAUAUCCACCCUUAACCUCAACAAUGCAAUGCAAGAAACCCAAGAACAAAUGGAUGAAAGAUUUGCUAAAAUCUCUUCUGAUCUAUCAAACCUACACACAAGAUUGGAAAAUGACAAAUCUGUUGAGGAUUCUAGAUAUGAUGCUCUUAUGGCUGCCAUUACUAAAAUUUCUUUUCAAAAAGAAUUUCAGCAAGCUCUUGCUGCAUCCAGCAGCAGCACUGUUCAUACUCCAGCAACUACUGCAGCCGCAGCUACUGUUCACGGAACAACACAGCACACAGAUUCCGUUACUGUUCAUCACUCAGGUAUGGUACUAAACCCUCCCUUUAAUCCUAGGGUUUCAGCACCAGUUGCUACUACUCUCUCACCUUCAAACACACCCCUUAGACAUUCUGCCACUUUCUCCCACACACAACCCACACCCAUGAGAUACAACACACAAAUUUCCCAACCUUUCCCACAAUACCCUUCCAUCCCUUCAAUUCUAUCAACUUCUCAACCGUUCAACAUACCCUUCUCCCAACAACUCCCUAACCCCCAAAUUUCACACCAAUCAACAUACCCCAAUCUGUCCCAUAUUCCUCAACUUCCACCUAUUAGAACCCCAAAACUUGAACUACCUAUGUUCGAUGGGUCGGAACCUCUUGAUUGGAUGUUUCAAGCUGAACAGUUUUUUAAUUUUUAUAAUAUGCCACCGGAAAACCGUUUAUCAUUGAUUUCGUUUUACAUGAAGGGUGAUGCUUUGUCUUGGUUUAAAUGGAUGUACCAAAGUCGUUUGUUAACCGAUUGGUUUUCUUUUCUUAAAGCCUUAGAAUUACGUUUUGGUCCUUCAACUUUUGACAACCACCAAGCUGAAUUAUUUAAAUUGAAACAAGAUGGUUCGGUGGUUGAUUAUCAAACCAAAUUUGAAAAGCUAGGGACCCAAGUGAUUGGCUUACCAUCGGAUGCCAUAUUGAAUUGUUUUAUUUCCGGCCUAACAAAUGAGAUUCAAAAUGAAAUGGCAAUUCACAAACCCACCAACAUUUCUCAAGCGAUUGGUUUAGCUAAAUUAAUUGAAUCUAAGUUGAAAGAUUCUAAACCCAAAUUCCAUAAACCCUUUGCAAACACUUAUCAUAAACCUUCUGCCUCCCCAGCCAACCCCAUACCCAAACCAUCAAUCAUUCCAAGUUCCCAAAUCCCAAACCCAUUCAAAGCCCAAACAAGUUCUGCCCCAUCAAAAUUACCAAUUAAAAGACUCUCCCAGGCCCAACUACAAGAGCGUAGAGCUCAAGGCCUAUGCUUUAAUUGUGAUGAAAAGUUUUUUAUUGGACAUAAAUGCUCCACAAGAAGAUUUUUAAUUCUUAUGGCAGAUGAAGAACCUAUUGGGGAACCCAUUCAUGUGGAAGAUAGUGUCGAAACUGAAAUUGAGCAAGACUUGAAUGAUACUUAUUUUCAACUCUCUCCCCAAGCUUUAACAGGACAAUUCUCACCACAAACACUUAAAUUCAAAGGCAAAAUUGGUGGUUUAUCCGUAAUGGUGUUAGUGGAUACCGGUAGUACUCAUAACAUUUUACAACCCAGAAUUGCUCAACAUCUCAAUCUCACAUCGACACCCAUUACUCAAUUUUCUGUUAUGGUGGGAAAUGGUUCCCACUUAAAGUGUGAAGGCAUUUGCAAUAACGUUCCAAUCACUUUACAAAAAGAACUUUUCCAUCUUCCAUUCUAUCUAUUGCCAAUUGAAGGAGCGGACGUUGUUCUUGGAAUGGCUUGGCUAAGAACAUUGGGUCCUUUGCAAGCCGAUUUUUCAAUUCCUUCCAUCUCUUUUACCCAUCAUAACAACCUCAUUACAUUAAAAGGGGAUCCCACAGCCCACCCUGCCCACACUACUUAUCAUCAGCUAAAACACCUCAUACACACCAAUUUUGUUGCCUCUUUUCAUCUCAUGUUUUUCCAAAACCAGAAUCCUGAUCCACUUACUCCUAACCCACUUGAUACUUUACCCAACCCAACCAAAACACUUUCCCCAAAAAUACAAACACUCCUCACCAAAUACAAAACUAUCUUUCAACCUCAAGAAGGCCUUCCCCCAGCCAGACCACAUGAUCACCAUAUCCCUCUUUUCCCAAAUACCCCACCCAUCAAUGUCAAACCAUAUCGCUAUCCCCAUUCCCAGAAAACAGCCAUGUCUUCAAUUAUACAGGACAUGUUACAAGAAGGGAUUAUUAUUCCUAGUCGCAGCCCUUUUUCCUCCCCAGUUUUACUUGUGAAAAAAAAAGAUGGAACUUGGAGAUUUUGUGUAGACUAUCGCGCCCUCAAUGCAGUAACCAUUAAAGACCGUUUCCCCAUCCCAACAAUUGAUGAACUACUCGAUGAGUUAGGCAAUGCUACUUAUUUUACCAAGUUAGACUUACGCUCUGGCUACCAUCAGAUCCGAGUUGCAUCGGAAGACACGCAUAAGACUGCUUUUCGGACUUUCGACGGGCAUUACGAAUUUCUCGUAAUGCCUUUCGGGUUGACAAACGCCCCUUCCACCUUUCAAUCAGCUAUGAACGAUUUACUACGACCCUAUUUACGCAAGUUUGUUUUAGUUUUUUUUGAUGACAUAUUGAUUUACAGUGCCAAUUUCGAUGAUCACUUAGCUCAUUUGCAGGUUAUUUUUGAUCUAUUGAAGUCUCAUGCUUUUGUGGUGAAACUACCUAAGUGUGUUUUUGCAGUCAAACAGGUUAACUACUUAGGACACAUCAUUUCAGUUGGAGGAGUUGCUCCUGAUCCAGAAAAGGUGCAGGCCAUGUUAGAUUGGCCUACUCCUCGUUCACUCACGUCCCUCCGCGGUUUCUUAGGCCUCACCGGUUUCUAUCGUCGUUUCGUGAAAAACUACGCCACUCUCGCCGCUCCUCUCACCGAUUUACUACGUUCCACUAAAUUUGUAUGGAGUACAGAGGCGGCCGAAGCCUUUACAAAAUUACAAAAGAAGAUGACCGACAUGCCGGUCCUGGCUUUGCCAGAUUUUACAAAACAAUUCAUCAUCGAGACAGAUGCUUCAGGAAUCGCUGUUGGCGCCGUACUUUCACAGGAUGGGCAUCCUAUCGCUUUCUUCAGCAAAAAGAUGUGUCCACGGAUGCAGGCUUCAUCAGUUUAUGUACGCGAGAUGUUUGCUGUAACAGAGGCAGUAAAAAAAUGGCGUCAAUAUCUCAUAGGGCAAAAGUUUCACAUCUACACUGAUCAGAAAAGCUUACGAAACCUACUACUGCAACGCAUUCAAACUCCGGAACAACAGAAAUGGGCAGCAAAGUUACAGGGAUUUAACUUUGAAAUAUUUUACAAACCUGGAAAAUCCAACUUGGUUGCAGACGCGUUGAGCCGAAAAUUCCACACCAGUGACUGUCUCUUGCUGGCAUUCUCUUCCCCCAUUCCAGAUCUGUUGGCGACUCUUCAACAAUUUUAUGCACAGGACACAGCAGGCAAACUCUUAGUUACACAACACACAGUUGAAAACAAGUCAAGUUUGUAUCAGUUUACUAAGGGACUUUUGUACUACAAAGACAAAUUGUUCAUACCUGACAUUGAGGAUCUCCGUCUAAGAGUCUUACAGGAAUUUCACCAUACUCCAACAGGUGGCCACUCAGGUGUUAAGGCAUCCCUUGCACGUAUUUCAGCUUCAUUUUCUAGGCCAGGCCUUUACAGAGAAGUGAAAACAUUAGUUCAAAGAUGCACAAUAUGUCAGCAGAAUAAGUAUUUGACUCAGAAAAAGAAAGGACUACUUCAACCUCUUCCAAUACCACAGCAAGUUUGGGAAGAUCUCACUAUGGACUUCAUUACAAGUCUUCCAAACUCCUUUGGCCACACAGCAAUCUGGGUUAUAUGUGAUCGUUUAACAAAGUUUGUUCAUUUUAUUGGCCUGCCUACGAAAUUCACUGCUAAAGAUCUUGCUAUGCGUUUUUCAGUUGACAUAGCGCGACUUCAUGGGAUUCCAAAGUCUAUCAUAUCUGACCGGGAUUCUCUCUUCCUCAGCAAAUUCUGGAAACAGUUUUUCAAGUCACAAGGAACCACAUUAAAAUACAGCACAUCAUACCACCCGGAAACUGACGGUCAAACAGAAGUAGUCAAUCGUUCUUUGGAAACUUACCUCAGAUGCUUCGUGGGUGACCAUCCUCGACACUGGUUUAAGUUCUUGCAUCUUGCAGAAUUUUGGUAUAAUACUUCCUUUCAUACAGCUAUUCAGAUGACGCCUUUCAAGGCUUUGUACGGCCGUGAUCCACCCAACCUUCCGUCAUACUUAUCCGACCCCAACCUGGAUGAAUCUUUGGUCGUUUCUCUACAAAAACGACAUAGCAUUCUUAUGGAGUUAAAAGAGCACUUAAAAAAGAGCCGCAUUCAAAUGGAAAAACAAGCUAAUAAGAAAAGAACAGAUUACGCUUUCAAGGAAGGUGAUCUGGUUUUGUUGAAGCUUCAGUCAUACCGACAGAGCACCGUUGCCAAUAGAUCUUCGCACAAGUUAGCAAAGAGAUUCUUUGGGCCUUUCAAAGUAAUCAAGAGAGUAGGAACGGUGGCUUAUCUGUUGGAUCUACCGUCUUCUUCGCGUAUCCACCCGGUGGUACACGUCUCACUUUUGCGCCCUUACUUCUCCGACCACCUGCAUGAAACCAACAAACAGUUAGUCAUCGGAGUAGACCCACUGAUCAAAAAUCCAAAACAGAGUGCUGAUAAAAUGGAGUCCCUGACCAGCAAACGGAACGACGAAACCCUUUCUACCCUCGAACAGCCUUCGGUACCUGCAAACACCGAAAACAGAGUCAUUAGUUCCAGAUCUAUGGCGUCUAACAACGUGUGGAACAAAUCACGUAACAACCCUCUUUCUGAUGUCGGUCCCUUGGCUCAGAUCCAUCGCAGUGAGAGGAAGAGUGUUGGUUGCUCUCAACAGACCCAUAAGAUUCUCAGCUGCAAAGAGUUUUGGAAUGCAAAUGAGGAACUUUUGAGAGGAAAUAUUGAAAUAGAGAGAGAAGUGAAAGAAGUAGCAGAUUCGGAUCACAAUGGGAGUUAUGUACCAAAUGGCUCUCAGAAAAUCUUAAGUAAAUCUCUGGAAGCUUCACGUGACAUAGGGAGUACAAAUACAGCUGUUUCCCCACUUACCCUUGGUACUUUCCGAGACCAAAACACGCUUCACAAGGCUCGAGGCCUUUUUCCCUGUUCGUGCACGCCUCCCAACCACACGUGUCACGAUCCUGCUGCCUUAUCACCUGCCCACAUAUCCCAGCCAUUCAUUCAAAAAGCUUUCUCUUCUGUUCCCAAGGAUGACCGUUGCAAUUGGCUUCCUCCCUCACCAAUUUCUGCCUCCACCGAAUCCUACCCCUUCCAAUUGGGCUCAACCCAAUUUUCUUCCCAAAGCCCAAAUAAUUUGGUGUCCAAAUCUCACUCUUCUAUGAACCUUGAGGACAAGGUUCUUUGUGACCCCAUGAGUAUUGAUAAGAAGCAGCCCAAUAGGCCCAUUAGGGAAAGGAAGCCUUCAAUUUUACUUAAAGACUUUUAUUAUUAA